AAAAGUAAAAAGGAAAGAGCUGGGGAGAGGGGAGAGGCCCACACCGCCGCCCAUCCCACCCCUAUGCACACUCACCCAGGCCUGGAAGAGGGGACAGCCGCUAGCCUGCCGAGGGUCCGUGUGUGUCAAAGGUGAUAGCGACAGAUGCUGGACCCAGGGAGACCUCUACCCCAAGUCGGCCUGCAGGGCCUCCGGAGACUGACUCGCCAACAGCUGGACUUGAUCACCAGCUUGCUAAGCGAGAUCCCGCAUCUGAGGGAGUAACUAGCAGACUUUGCUGUCCGGCUGUUUUUGGAGAAUUUUUCUCAGCAGCGGCUAGAAAGCGGGAGACCACCACCUGGACCCUUGAGCCUUCUUCGAGAAGCAACAGCAGAAGAGAUUCCCACCCUGGGUGGUUUGCAGGACCAUGCUGGCUCUUAGGCGAGCUUCUGCUUUCAGGGUUCUGAUCCUCACGGCCUUUCUACCCCUGCCGCAGUUCGCCCAGGACCCGGCCAUGGUGCACUACAUCUAUCAGCGCUUUCAAGUCUUGGAGCAAGGGCUGCAGAAAUGUACCCAAGCAACGAGAGAAUACAUAGAAGACUUCCGAGAGUUCUCGAAAAACAUAUCCAUUAUGCUGGGACGAUGUCAGACGUACACAAGUGAGUCCAAGAGUGCGGUCCAUAACCUGGCACUGAGAGUCGAACGUGCCCAGCGGGAGAUCGACUACCUGGAGUACCUGCGGGAGGCUGAGGUGUGCACAGAGUCAGAGGACACGAUGCUGGCAGAAAAGCGAGUCCAAGAAGCUGAGGAGGAGAAAAGGAUCCGGACACUGCUCAAUGCAAGCUGUGACAACAUGCUGAUGGGCAUAAAGUCACUGAAAAUAGUGAAGAAGACAAUGGACACAGAUGGCUCUUGGAUGAAAGAUGCUGUCAGAGACUCUCCAAAAGUUUAUUUCUUAAUUGGAUCCAGAAACAACACUGUCUGGGAAUUUGCCAACAUACGGGCAUUCAUGGAAGAUAGCACCAAGCCAGCCCCCCGGAAGCUGAUCCUAACACAUUCCUGGCAGGGGACGGGCCAAGUGAUCUACAAAGGUUUCCUAUUUUUUCACAGCCAAGGGACUCCCAAUGAGAUCAUCAAAUAUAACCUGCAGGAGAGGACCGUGGAAGAUCGGAUGCUGCUCUUGGGAGGGGCAGGCAGAGCCCUGGCCUACCCGCACUCCCCCUCGACUUACAUUGACCUGGCUGUGGAUGAGCACGGGCUCUGGGCCAUCCACUCAGGGCCAAGCCUCCACGGCCAUUUGGUUCUCACGAAAAUUGAGCCUGACACACUGGGAGUGGAGCACUCAUGGGACACUCCAUGCAGAAGUCAGGAUGCUGAAGCCUCAUUCCUCUUGUGUGGUGUCCUCUACGUGGUCUACAGUUCUGGUGGCCUCGGCCCGCAUCGCAUCACUUGCGUCUAUGACCCGCUGGGGGCUGUCAUUGACGAGAAUCUGCCCAAAGUGUUCUUCCCCAGGCGGUCAAGAAGUCACUCCAUGAUCCAUUACAACCCUAGAGAUAAGCAGCUCUAUGCCUGGAAUGACGGAAACCAGAUCAUUUACAAACUCCAGACAAAGAGAAAGCAGCCUCUGCAGUGAUGCGUUGCAGCCAUGAGGGAGGGAGAGCUCCAGGGAUGUUGCUCUCCAGGAGACGGAAGCCACAGCCCCUUUGGAAUAUAGUAUCCUUCUAAUCGCACACAGGGAUAGGGGCUGGAAGUAGGAAUGCACAGGCAUCCUUUGCCAGAUGGUACUGCCUUCAGUAUCUUCCAAGAGCACAGAUGAGAGUCUGUCAUUCAGGAAUUUUCAACAACUUCCUUUACCCAUCCAAACCUCCUGGAGCUCAAUGCCUUCCACACAUUCCAAUCCAGCUUACUUCCAGCCUCUUCUUUUACUAGCAUUUACUCUAACUCUCCCCGCACCGCCCCCCCCCCACCAGCCAUUAGAAAUGUAAGCCACCCCCUAAUACUCCUGGCUUCUCUCCCCUCUGGACUUUGCUCAAAUCUCUUUCCUCUUUCGCAAAUGCCUACUGAUAUUCUUCCAUUAUUCACUGCCCAAAUAAAGUACUAUUUCCUUUUU